AUGGCGAACCUUAACGGCACCUCGGCGCUCAGCCGCGCGAGGUCGACUCGGGCGUCUUCAACCGUUGCCUCUAACAAACCGGCGCAGAACACUUCUCGAGGGAACGCGCCAGGGACAACCUCAACGACCACCGUUUCCCACCCGACCGUCUCUCCAACGGCUCCAUCGCACCUUGCCCUUUUCCUGGGCAACCUCCGACUCCUCGAUUUCGAUCUCCAUCCUCAGUGGCCCGACAUCAGCACGCACACGUUCAGCACCAGAGAUGCCGCAGGCGGGCAAAAAAAGCGUGUGCAAUGCGUGGAGUGGGCCUUGUACCACCUCUUUAGGCUUUGGGACCCUGAAGAGGCCCGCAACAAAUUACAACCUUUCUUUCCGCCACUCGAUCAAGUCCAAUCACUCAAUCUCCGUGCCGCACUGCUUCGGGGGCUGGAACAAGCAAAAAAGAAUGGCAUUCUGGGUCGGGAUGCGGUCGUGCGCAAAACCAUGCUCGACGAGUGCAAGGGAGAGAGGUUGGAGGAGGUGCUCGCGGUAUUCUCGUCGGCUGUCGUAAGAAAGGUGGUGGCCGAGCAGCAGUUGAAUGGAGGGGGCUACCCUGCCUUGGCCCAAAUUCUCGCUUUGGAAAAUCGAGGAUAUUCCGGCGAGCAGACAGAGCUGACAGCACUGGUGUUGGCACAUAGAGUGUCACUGCGCCGGAUGCUCUCCGAGAAGAAUGCGUCGCGGGAACGAUUCAGGGAAUUUUCAGAUUUGUUGACAACGAAAGAGAAGGCCAUCAGAAAGAAGCGCGAGGCCGCCGAAGCUGCGAAGCGAAGCGGCGAGGGGAAAAUCAUCACCGAUGACCAAAAGCGCAAAGUUUGGAGCACCGUGCAGAACAACUGGACCGGCGACGAGCGUUGGAUGGAUGCGCUUCUCUACGGCGACAGCAAAUCGAACAACGAUGGGUUGCUCAAUGCCCCGUACGACAGGGUUUGGAGGCGGGUGCAAUGCGGCCGGCUUGCGGAACUCGAGGAGGCAUCUGCCGGGCUUCUGAGUCAGCUGGAUAGCAGAGUCCGGGGCCAGCAGGAGAGGCUGCAGAAGUGGCAGGGAUUUCGCCAGAAAAUGUUCGGCAAGUCUGGGUCUCAGCCGGUAACGGACGAGCAAGGACAGGAAACCAAGCAACGAGGUAUCGAUCUCAGAUUCAAGGUUCACGAGGCUCUGCAUUUCGACCGCAUGAGCCCGAAGAAGCUACCACGCGCCAUUCCCAACCAACUCGAUAGCCACUACGAGGCGCUCGUCACGGGCCUUAGGUUGGAUUUAUCCAGGAUCAGCCCCGCAGUUUCAGCCAUUCCCUCAUUCUUCGAGAGACCGCGAGUAGAGAGGCCAACAUAUAGAAUGGAGGAUAAUGAGUCGGGGUCUGAAGUGAUAUCCGAUAUCAGUGGCCACGAGCAGACGCAGGUCCUCCCACGUCCAUCGCCCUCUCGCCGAGAGCCGGUCAAAGUGUCGGAGGAGCCUGCAUUUGAACCUGUUUUACGGAAGGCGAAGACCUUCAAUGAGGAACAUGCAUUCCUUGAUGAGGAGCCAGUCACUCCAUCGCGCCUUCAGCGGUCAUCAACAAUGCAAUCCAAUUCCUCGUCCCGCACCUCCCAUGCCAACCUCCGAGUCCCAGCCGAUGAAGACGAAGACGAAGAGGAAGAGGAGGAAGACCUCUCUUCACUCGAGAACACCGAAGAAGAGAACGGGCUACCCGCACCCAGCCCCACGCCUAUCCCCGUCCCCCUCGUGGCCGAGCCGCUGCCGGCAGACGAAAAGGAAGCGGAGGUCGCCGGCGAAGAGGGGCAGUACGAGGACCUGACGGCGCGCACGAGGCGGAGCAUGGUCGGGUAUGAGGCGGCGCGCCAGAAGGCGCAGCUGGAGCGGCGGCGGUCGCUGCGGAAGGCGAACCUGCCGUCGACGCCCGUUGCGGGGAGGAGCGCCGCCGGCGGGGGGUACUUCCCGGCGGUGGACGAGGAGGAGGCGGUCGAUACCACGCUGUUGCUGGCGGAGGAGCUGCUCAGUGGCGGGCAGGGCGGGGAUUAUGAGGCGGUGUUUAUGAAACUUGGAGAGGCGCACGUCCGUCUUGACGCGGUUCUGCGCCACGGACCGCUGCAGCAGGCGGAAGCCGCGCGCCAGGUCCACGCUGCCCUUGAUGUCCACCGUGCGGCCCGUCGACGGCCGCAGCCGCAGCUCGGGCUCCGACACGUCGUAGUUCUUGGCCAGGAACGCGUCCUCGUUCCACGUGCUCAUCAUCCCCGUCCCGGCCCCCGUGCUGGGUCCUGUGCCGAGUGCUUGCUCCAUGUCGUUGGUGAUUUGGCUGGGCAGGUUGUAGAGGUUGCUGUUGCUACUGCUGCUGUUGCUGUUGCUGGUUCCGGUGGGGGCUCGCCCCGUGAGCAUCGUGCUGCGGAUGAGGGGGCUGCGGCUGACGCCGGUGUUGUUCUUGGUGUUUUGCGGGAUGGCCCAGACCGGGGAGGACCGCUUUUGGCUGUCGAGCAUGUUGCUUUCGCGGAAGGGCGGCCUUGGGGGCAUGGGGGCGCCGCGGUUCUCCCCUCCUUUUGGAGCGCCGCCGGCUUAUCCAUCCUACCCAGGCGCGUCGCAUGCUCCGGGAAUGGCACCGCCCCCUGGCUUAGCAGUCCAAUAACGCGACGCAAGCUAAUCGACCAAGCGGCCUUCCUGCGUCCUUCCAAGCGCCGCCGAACCUGCCCCAACAUCAACUUCAACGCCCCCGUGAUCCGUCUCGGCGCCAGCAUGCCACCGGCGAAGCCCGGUUCCUCACUCACGAAUGAUCGCAAGGACUCAUAUACCCCUACGUCUGGCCGGCCGGGGCUGGGCUCGGAGCGUGGAAUGGACCAGUCCCGCGCCCAAAUGAGGGAGAACAUGCAGUCGCUGGUACCGCCCACGACAGAAGAGCGGCUCCGAACGAUAUUCGUGCACAAGAUCCCCGACGGUGUCGGCGGCGAGGCGGGCAUACAGAGGCUGCUGAACACGGUCGGCAGGGUGCGGCGGUGGGACUCGGGGCAGUCACAUUUGUCGGAGCACAAGGGGGCUCUGUUUGGAUUCGCACAGGCAGACGACCCGGCAGUCGACGCACGAUUAAGCGAGGCGAGGUCUUCGCUGAGGCAGCUGGUCCGGGACUUGUUCUACCCCCGCGUGGCCGGCGGCCGCGAUGGUGAUGGCGACACAACUAUGGCCAACGGGUCGAACGGCAUGGGCGACGUCGAGGUGAUUAACAUUCCCUUGGCCCCCGAAGACGAACUCGCAGAUAUCCCCGCCGAAAUGCGGGCGACAGUGGCUGCCGAGAUCGCAGCGUUUCGGGACCGGAGCAAUCAGCGAGAUCUCGAGCGCCUCCGAAAGGAGGAGGAGUUCGAGGAGAUGGAGCGGCAACGAAACGGCGCGCCUCGCAAGUCAAGGUUGGAUCAAUCACCCCCGCCGAACAACUCCAAUAUGGUUCCGCUGGGGCCUCGCGGCGUGCCUAACGCGCCAUCCGGCCCUCGAGGGCAGAAUCGGGGAGUAGACUUUGUCAACGGCGGCACCACAAAUGGUCAGUUCCGGGACGACGAUGACACGGACGCGGACGACGACGAACUCUACGGCAGGGAGCUUGCGAAACAACGCGCAGAAGACGACAAGAUCUACUUAGAAGCGGAGCGCAAGUGGGUUAACCGGGAACGCCAGCGCGCAGCGGCCCUGGAUCGAGAGCAAGAGCGCGAAAAGUCGGAGACGGAGGGUUUCGGCCGGAGGAGAGACGAGCAGCUCGAAAGGGACAAGAGCUGGGACGACGACCGUGAGGCAUCGCGUAAGGGCCACCUCUACUACCGCGACCACGGCCAAUGGAUCCGCGAGCGGACAGCGUUCCGGGCGGCGGAGGCGGCACGGGACGAGAUGGACCGGCGCGGCGAGGAGGAUGAGCACCGCCGGGCCCAGGCCGAGAUGGAGCAUGCUAAGGACAUGGCCGAUUCCUUCCUGGAGCGACAGGCCGAGGAGAUGGAGAGGCAACCGGUGGCCCCCGCUGCACCACAGCGCGUUACUAUCUCUUUUGGCGCGGCAGCUCAGAAAGCGGCGCAGCGCACGGCUGGGGCGCGGCGGACGGUGGCCGAGGUGGAGGGCCUGCUGGACGACGAGGAGCACGACCAGACCACCAAGCGGCAGCUCGUGCCCAUCAAGUUCGAGCCCAUCACCGACACCAAGGCUAUGACGGAGGAGGACAUCCAGAACGCCGUCCGGGCGCUGGCCCACGAGAUCCCCGUGGACCGGGAUGGCCUGUGGGCGUGGGACGUGAAAUGGGACUACCUGGAGGAGUCGGCGAUCCGCGAGAAGCUGCGGCCGUUUGUGGAGAAGAAGGUGGUGGAAUACCUGGGGGUGCAGGAGCAGUUCCUGGUGGACGUGGUCGAGGAGCACCUGCGCAAGCACCAAAAGCCGGCCGAGCUGGUGGAGACGCUCAGCGAGGCGCUGGACGAGGACGCCGAGGACAUGGUUAAGAAGCUGUGGCGCAUGGUCAUCUUCUUCACCGAGAGCGAGAAGCGCGGGCUGCCUGCGUGA